GUGGUAGCCCCGAAAGAGACCAGGGGUAAGCGUCGGAUUAUCAAGCCUUUCAGUAUCCAUCCGCACGCAGAUGAUAUUGAAUUGUGCCCUGUUCACUGCUUCGCCGUUCUCCGGGAUCAUCCCACCUUACAAGCUCGCUCCGCCUCUAGCAUGCUCUUCGUCAAGUCUAACAACAUACACCAGGCUCUCUCUGCCUCCACGAUUUCUACUUGGCUUCAUCGGGAAUAUAUUUCGUUAUGUACAACUGAAGCAAAUGUCUCUAUCCGUUCUUUGGCUGCCUCUCGUGCUCUGGAUCUAGGUGUUUCUCAGGAAAACAUUGUGGCUCUUGGAAACUGGGCUUCUGCCGAUACAUUUGUGCGUCACUACCAACGGAAUCAAAUGGCACGCGUGGACUUUACCUCAACGGUGCUCUCAAACGACGACGAAUUUCAUGAUGCUGUCGAGUCUUUUUCUCUGGAUUAG